AUGUCCACCAUCAAUCCAUCCUUCCAAGAGGCCAUUAAGGUCACUCCCCAAGGUUCCAACAGAUACAGCGCCUUCCUUCGACCAGAAUGGUGCAUUGGAACCGUGCCACACGGUGGCUAUACAACAGCCGUAAUCUACCAAUUAACCCUAACGCAUUUCGCGCACGUCCACCCAAAUCAAUACAAAGGCCCCGCAUCCCCGAUCUCCAUCCAACUCUCCUUCCUACGACGUACAGCCUCAGGCCCCGUCACUUUCGAAGUGGAAGAUGUCAAGAUCGGCCGUCGGACCAGCACGAUCCACAUCAAGCUGUUGCAGGCCUCGGAAACAAACCCCGACCAGCUAGAGGUCAAGCUAGCCGGCUAUAUCACCAUCAGUCCACCUGAGGCUGAAGUCGGUUUGAGUGCGACCACAGGAUGGAAGCCUCUCCCAGCUCCGGCAGCGGGAUCGCGUGCCGACGGGUCCGUUGAUCUGGCGGCACUGGGUCGGACAGGCAUUGACGGCGCUUGGACGAAGCUUCAGCCAGCUUUCCCCGAUUUCCGUAAAGCUGCGGCGCAGAUUGAGCUGUUUGGCCCUGGAAAUGGCGAGGAGCAAAGGAAGCGCUCGGGCAAUUUGAAUAUUGAUCAGUGGGCUAGGUUCCGGCCCGGGGGUGAUGUUAAUGGUCGCUGGACCGAUGCUGCGGUGGGAUUUCUUCUUGACAUGUUCCCCAUGGCUCUGGAUAACAUUGAUGCCAUGUUUGCUACAGCUGCGGCUAAAGAGAGUGGGUCUCCAGUUGUUGGGAAGAAGGCGAAGACUUGGUAUCCUACUGUUACGCUCAGUGUGGAUAUGAAGAAGCAUCUUCCUGCCGAGGGAGUGGAGUGGCUUUAUAGUCGAGUUGUUGUUAAGGUUAUUAAGGAUGGACGGACGGAUCUGGAGGUGACGGUCGUUGAUGAGGCUGGGGAUGUCAUUGCGGUGAGUACACAGAUUGGAUUGGUUGUUAGUGCUAGUCGGAAUGUUGGAACUAGGAAGAUGGAGAAGCUGUAG